CAUCAAGACUCGUUGCUAGCUUUAAUUAUUGCGGCAAUUAACCAGCUUAAGAAGGGGGCAGAAGUAAUGAUACUCUCGGCUGAGUUAAUGCGCGAUCGGAUUGCUACUCUUAAGAGAGCUAAUAUAGUAGUAUUAGAGCGUAGGCGGCGUAAGAAGAAGCGGAUACAGAAGCGUGGAGUCCUUACAAAGGGAGCUGGAGAGGAUAUACUCGCUCAACGUGAGGCUGAUGAGCAGAUUACUCGUGAGGAGCGUCAGGGAGGAGAGUGA